ACCAUCACCAUCACCAUCAUCGUCACCCAUGGUUUUUAGUCUUCCUCCUGUGUUUUCUUCCUUCAUCUGAUUUGGUUUCUCCUCCAUUCCCUUCUUCUGAUUGUUAACCAACAAUGGAGGCAAAGCUGUUGCGAGUCGCCUCUCCUCCCAUAUCGAUACCUACUGCUUUCAGGUAUUUGAAACCCAUUUGCCUUCUCUCCCACCAUAACAGCCUAAGUGGCAGAUUUGGAUUCCUCAAUUCAAACUUGCCAAACCAUGGCAUCCAAUCGCUUCAAGCCUCUGCAAUUUCCGUUGGAGAAGGCAAUCUUUCAACCAGUGUCACUUGCCGAGAAAUUUGCUUCUUACCUGGAGCACUGUUCAGAUAUUGUUUCUUUGAGAACACUUCAUGCUUCCAUAUUCACAUUUGAACUCCAAAACAACAUCUUUGUGGGCUCCAAGCUCCUCAAUUGCUAUGCUAAGCUUGGGUUCUUAACUGAUUCUAGAUGGGUAUUUGACAAGAUCGUUAAUAACAGCCUCUCUCUCUGGAAUUCAAUUCUUGUUGGAUAUUUUAGAGCUGGUUACCACGAUGAAGUUUUGGUUCGAUAUUUGGAUUUAAGACAACGAAACAUUGGUGUGAACGGUUCAGCCAUCAUGUUUAGUUUGAAAAGUUGUACUGAGUUGGGAAGUCUACAAUUUGGCAGAGGAAUUCAUGUGGAUGCUUUAAAAUUUGGGAUGAGUGCUGAUCGUUUUGUGGGCUCAUCGCUCGUUGGAUUGUAUUCUACAUAUGGUGAUACUGACAGUGCAUCCAAAGUGUUUGAUGAAAUAAUUGAGAGAGAUGUGGUUGCUUAUACGUCCAUGAUUACAGGGUAUGCUCAAAGUGGUUAUCGCCACGCUUAUGAAGCUUUUGGUGUUGUUCGGGCUAUGCAGGAAGAAGAACUCUGUCCUAACCGGGUGACUUUAGUGAGCUUACUUCAGGCUGCUGGACACUUGGAUGCACUGGAAGAGGGUCAGUCUAUCCAUGGCUAUGCUAUUAGAAGAGGUAUUGGAUCUUCAGAUGAAGUUUUUGAAACCAGUCUAAUGGACAUGUAUAUCAAAUGUGGGGCCAUGAAUACGGCGGCCUCAAUUUUCAGCAAAAUGAGCACAAGAACAGUUGCUUCUUGGAAUGCAUUGAUUGCUGGUCAUCUUCAAAUGGGGCGGCCACUAGAAGCUUUGAAUCUUUUCUUUAUUAUGGUGCAACAAAACCUUGAGCCUGAUUUGAUUACUUUAGCAAAUGGGAUUUUGAGUUGUGCUGAUUUGAAGUAUUUGAAUGAAGGAAAGAGUAUCCAUGGGUACAUAAUUCGAACAGGGCUUCGGGUUGAUAUAGUAGCUACCACAGCUUUGAUUGACUUGUACUCAAAAUGCAACAGUUUAACCCAUGCCAGAAAAAUCUUUAAUAGAAUGGAGGCAAAGGAUGUUAUUUCAUUUAAUGUGAUGAUGGCAGGUUAUCUCCAAAAUGGGUUUGCUUGUGAGGCCAUGAACACAUUUUAUGAAAUGGUUGGAACAGGUAUUAUACCAAAUCUUAGUACCAUCUUAAGUAUACUUUCUGUAUUUUCGGAUCUGAAAGACGUAAGACAAGGCAGGGGAGUCCAUGGAUAUAUAUUCAGACACGGGUUGGAUUUGCAUAGUGAAAUAGCUAAUCAAGUCAUCUACAUGUAUGCAAAAUGUGGAUACAUAGACUCUUGUGGACAAGUCUUUGAUAGAACAAAAUAUAAAGACUUGGUUUCAUGGACAUCAAUAAUGAUGGGUUAUGUACAUCACGGGCGUGCUGAUAAAGCCAUAGCUCUUUUCCACCUGAUGCAAAGAGAAAAAGUAACUGCCGACUCUGUCACUUUUUUGAGCCUGCUUCAGGGAUUUUCUCAGCUGGGAUGUUUAAGUCUAGCAAAGGAAGUUCAUUGUCGGAUAUAUCGGGUUUCAUUGGAGCUAGAGAUGCCAGUCAUCAAUUCUCUAAUUACUACUUAUGGAAAAUGUGGAAAACUAAACAUUGCUAGUGCUCUGUUUGAGCACAUGAGUGAACGGUGUUUGACAUCAUGGAACACAAUGAUUGCUGCAUAUGGGAUGCACGGAAAAUGCGUUGAAGCACUUAAAUUGUUUGACCGAAUGAAGGAGGAAAAGGUUGCUCCGGAUGAGGUAACCUUCACUUCGUUGAUCUCUGCAUGCAGUCAUUCAGGCUUGGUAGAACAGGGCCUAAAUAUUUUCAGGUCCAUGAAAGAAGAAUAUUUUUUAAUUCCAAUUGAAGAGCAUUAUGGGUGUAUGGUAGAUUUAUUAAGCCGAGCAGGACAGAUUGAAGAAGGGUAUGAUCUUCUGAAUUGUUUGCCAUUAAGACAAAGAACUUCUGCAUUGGGUGCUUUGCUUGCCGCUUGCAGAGUUCAUAAGAACACUCAAAUGGGUGAGGUUAUAGGAAGGCAACUUCUGAAUUUAGAGCCUGAUAACCCAACUGCUUAUGGUUUGCUGUCAAAUUUAUACACUGAAGUGGGCAAAUGGAAUGAUGCUGCCAGCAUAAGAACUAUGUCAAAGGACAGAGGUUUAAAAAAGACUCCUGGAUAUAGCCUGAUAGAAAUAGAUAAGCAGAUUUCUGAAGAAAGAAAGGAUUGAUGAGACUGACAGCUACACUCUAGACGGUAUAAGACAUUCUUUAAUUCGACAAGAGGACAGCAUCAUAUUUAGCCUCCUGGAGAGAGCUCAAUAUUGUUUCAAUGUUGACACGUAUGACCCUAAUGCUUUCUUCAUGGAUGGAUUCCACGGCU